UCUUCCCCCUCACUCUCUCUGAUCGUCCCUUUCUAGUGUAAACACAUGAUGAGCAGUCAAAGUCGGUGCUUGCUUAGAAAUUAGUUGGAAGGAAGCCUCUCCCUCUUAGUUGUAAAGAUUCAAGGAGCCCUCUCCCCCUCUCUUUCUCUAAGAAUUCAUUAAAUUAAUGCCCCCACACGUUUUCUCUACCAUAUUAAGCCUCCUUGUUUCAUCUGUUCCCAAAAUGAAGGUUCUGAAAUGCUUCCACCAAGAAAAAAUGAUCGACACCGUGAGAAUCCAAUCUCAGUGUAUCUUCCAUUUCGAACACCUCGAACUCUCUUCCUUCUGAUGUCAAUCUCUUUCUGAACAAUCCCCAAAAGAAGAGAUACGAAGAUGGUAACCUUAGAAUUCUCCUGAAGGCGUAAUUUCUUGAGCUCCUUUCUUUUGCAGAGUCUUUUAUAACGAUUCUUUCUUGCUUUCAUCUCCCCAAAAUCUUUACACGAGAAGAGACGGCGAUAGGAUGGGAGUUGCAGAGUUCCUUAGUUUUUUCCUUCUGAUCUCCUGCUUCGUCGUGGUUCUUCCACAUGCCGAACCCUGCGAAUCCUCAGAGUGCCAAAUUAUGGAUUCCGCGUUUAAAUCCGUGAAGGGGUUCGAUCGCUCGAAUUCCAUAAACUGCAAUUGCUCCUCCAUUACAGAGAUCAUUCUCCCUUCUAAAGGUCUCAGUGGUACCGUCUCUUGGAUGAUACUCGCCGGCAUCGCCAAUCUCCGGUCCGUGGAUCUCUCCAACAACUCGAUCCAAGGGAGCAUUCCAGGUGGGUUCUGGUCGAAGACCCGGCUGGUGCACCUCAACCUCGCCGGCAACCAACUCGGCGGCAGCAUCGGCGGCGAGCCGUCUGACCGGAGUCUCCCUUUGCCGGUUCUGGAGACCCUCAACCUCUCCAACAACCGAUUCACCGCCUUCGUCUCGCUCUCCUCCUUCAAGAGCGUGAAGAUCUUGGACGUCUCGGGUAACAGAAUAUCGAACAAUUCAAUCGUCGCCGAGGCUUUCGACCUGGCGGAGCUCUCCACCCUAUCGGUGUCGGGAAACAAAAUCGGAUCUCUACCGACUCGUUUGAAGCAGUCGAGUCGUAUCGUGCACCUCGAUCUCUCCGACUGUGGUCUGACGGGCAGCCUGAAACCGAUAUCAUUCCUCCCUUCCCUCACCUACUUGGACGUCUCCAACAACAGUCUCACCGGCUCAUUUCCGGGAGACUUUCCUCCGACGGACCGCCUGACAUUCUUGGACGUCUCGUUCAACCGAUUCAGCGGCUACUUCGAGCUCGACAUGAGCAAAAAAUAUGGGGCUGAUUCUUUUACCAAGUCCGGUCUCUGUCCGACCAACGAGCGGGCUCACCAUCGGAAGAGAAUCGCCGUCAUCAGUGCUGCUGCAGCGUCUGCUGCACUCCUCCUGGUGCUGGGAGUCCUGGCGUUCUGUUUGCUGAGGAAGAAGAGGAGGAGUAGAAGGACAUGGGUCGUCUCGAAACCGCCUUUCGCCUGCAAGAUUAACGAGUCCGGUCCGUUCUCCUUUCAGACCGACUCCGGCACUUGGAUCGCCGAUAUCGUCGAGCCGUCGUCGGCCGCGGUCGUGAUGUUCGAGAAGCCGCUGCUGAGGCUUACGUUCGCCGAUCUCCUCACCGCGACGUCUCGGUUCGGGAGGGAGUCUCUGCUGGCCGGGUCCCGGAGUGGACCGGUUUACCGGGCGGUUCUGCCUGGGGAGAUUCACGUUGCAAUCAAGGUGCUGAAACAGGCUGAGGGUGCUGAAACAGAGGCGGCGGCGGCCAAGUUGGGAGCUCUGGGCAAGAUGAAGCACCCCAAUUUGUUGCCCCUGCUUGGGUACUGCAUAGCAGGGCAGGAGAAACUACUGCUUUAUGAAUUCAUGGCAAAUGGAAACCUCCACCAAUGGCUUCACGAGCUUCCGACCGGCUCGACCAAUGUCGAGGACUGGAGCAUGGACACAUGGGAGCAGCAGACUGGUGGAGACCAAGCAUCCGCCGCGAAAAUGGGUUGGAUCACCCGGCACCGGAUCGCCGUGGGGCUCGCCAGAGGGCUCGCUUACCUGCACCAUGCCGGGGCCAAGCCCAUUGUACACGGCCGGCUCAGCCCAUUCAACAUCUUCCUAGACGGUUCGUUCGAGCCCCGGAUCUCUGAUUUCGGACUUGGAGAGAUCGUCGGGAUUGGAUCGUAUUAUCAAACCCGCUACUCUGCACCUGGAUCUGAUCCUCUGUGCCCCGAAUCCGAUGUAUAUAGCUUUGGAGUAGUUCUGCUAGAGCUGAUAACUGGCAAGGCCGGCUCCAUGGAGAUGGUGGCAUGGGUGAGGAGCUUGGUUCGAGAGCAGCUCGGCAUCAAGGCGCUCGACCCAAACCUAAAGAGUGGGUCCAUAAGCAGCAUGAUCGAGAGCUUGCGGGUCGGGUACCUGUGCACCGCUGAGUCCGCGAAGAAGAGACCCACAAUGCAGCAAGUUGUUGGGCUCCUUAAGGACAUGAACCCAUGCUAAUCAAGCCAUUCAUCAUGAUCUCCUGCUUAACGAAGUUCUUGAGUUCUGUUUGAUGUCUCUCAUAAAAUGAUUCUUUACUCCACACUAAGUUGACUAAUUGGGAGUUUGUUUA